GCCGCUCGAGUCCUUCACUGGGCAACAGCUGAGGUCAGAGGAGCAGAGUCUGUGGAGGAGUCCUCUCAAUGAACCGCUCCAGCAGAAUGGUGAUGAGGAUAAGAGGGUUGCCAAGUCAUGGAUAGAUCAACACAAUGACACAUGAGACCCUCACCAGCUCCCAGCUGUCUGUCAAGGCGGCUGCCCUGCGCAUCGUCGACCUCCCGCUGUCUGUGUACAGCUCUCUGGCACAGGUGAGUGUCAGCACGGGCACCAAGAAGCUGGUGGCAGCCACGGCCUUCGGUGCCGCCUCGCUCCUCUUCCUCGCCCGCCGCUUCCAGAGGAGGAAGGGAAGAAAGAAGGCUCAGUGGGAGCAGGCUGGCUUUGAGAUUAUCUCCCCGGCCUCAGCAGAAAACGGAAACACCGGUCGAAACAUCACACUCUCCCUCAACUCCAAGAAUGUCAACACCUCCGGUCUGCUACACAAUGCAGGAGACUACAGGAAACUGUCCGGGUCUCUGCUGAGCCUGGCCUCGGUCAAAAGCAUGAACUCGUCCAGCAGCAGCACCUGUGCAAAUGUGUCCACCUGCUGGGACAGAGGGGGGGAAGCUGAUAUCUGCAGUGUUGUCAACUUACCUGUCACCACACCUGAAAACCUGUACCUCAUGGGGAUGGAUUUAUUUGAAGAGGCUCUCCGUCGGUGGGAGGAAGCGUUGACGUUCAGGAGCACGCAGGAUGACGACGACGACGACGCCGCCAGCUGUGCAUCCGUCAAAACGGGAGCCGGAGACGCCAUCGCUGAGCAGGGCAUGGAGGACGUCAUCAGUGCAGAGUUCAUGCACAGGCUGAAGUCUCUGCUGCAGAGGGCUUACAGCCUCCAGGAGGAGUUCGAGGGAGUGCUGUGCAUGUCGGAGCCCUCGUCCCACAGCAACAGCCAGGAUAAAAUGGCAGACGUUCUGUCCAGAGAGGAGCUGGACGACGCCUGUCUGAGAGACUGCAACAGCAUCGCCUCCACGGACUCAUUUGUGUCUGCCGCCGAGCUGACGGAGCACCGGGAGCUGAGGAGCGUCUUCGCUCUGGGUCACCACCUUUUCUACGAGGAGGCUCUGCAGAUGGCCGAGGACGGCAAGAUCUCCUGCAGGGUGCUGCGGACUGAGAUGCUCGAGUGUCUCGGGGACGUCGAUUUCCUGGCCAAGUUGCACUGUGUGCGGCAAGCAUGUCAGCUCAUUUUGUGCGAGACAACGACCCGGAUGUUUCUUGCCGACACGGGAAAGAAAAUACUGUCCUCCAUUAUUGUUAAAGCACAGAAGAGCCCACAUAGAUUCGAGGAAGUGUUUGAGGAGAUGAUUUCCUUCCUGGAGCACACGGAGCACUGGGAGAACACGGAGGUGGAGCUGGCCACGCGAGGGGUGAAGCACCUGAACUUCUACGACAUAGUGCUGGACUUCAUCCUGAUGGACUCAUUCGAGGACCUGGAGAAUCCACCGGUCUCCAUUCAGAACGUUAUCAACAACCGCUGGCUCAACACUUCCUUCAAGGAGACGGCGGUGGCAUCAAGCUGUUGGUCGGUGAUGAAGCAGAGGAGGCAGCACAUGAAGGUGUCUGACGGCUUCAUCGCUCACUUCUACGCUGUGUGUGAACAGAUCAGCCCCGUCCUGGCCUGGGGCUUCCUGGGGCCCAAGAGCUCCCUGCAUGACUUCUGCUGCUUCUUCAAGGAUCAGGUGUUGUACUUCCUCAAGGACAUUUUCGACCUGGACAAAGUGCGCUACUCCUCUGUGGAGAGUCUAGCGGAGGACAUGCUCCGCCUGCUGCACCGGCGCUCCGAGCUGCUGGUGGCCUACCUGGGAGCCGACCCCCUGCGGCAAGUCAGCGGCUGCAGCGCCGCGCAGGUGCAGCUGGUGCCCAGCGCCCUGCUGGAGGCUCCGGUGCAAUAAGGGACAGGGGGGGGGGGGACUGGGUCAUCGCAGCGCCACACACACACACACAUGGAAGACUUGUGCUGACUCGGGUGAGUUCACACCAGCUGUCAAAGACUUUAUUUUCCACAAGACUGCUCAUUAAAUGUAAAACACUAUUUCACCUUGGUCCGACAACCGGCUCAUCACAUCUCCCAUGAUGCUUUGCACCGUAUCUGAGGAUGAAUUGUACCAGCUGCCUUGCCUUCACACGUGAUCAUUAUCUCCAGUGCGGCCUCCUCAGCUUCACUGUGCCAUGGCAGUGCACGCUAGUUUCCAAACAUCACAGCAAUAAUAUUUAUACUCGCUGUGAGACAUUUCACAGUAAUUAUCUGGCCGUAGUAGAUAUUCCGCUGUGAAACUUUUUAUUGCUAUUAAGAGCAAUUUGUGUGGAAAUAAAAGGAUAUUUUAGUAUUUAUUUUAUUAUAAAGUUUCAGGAUUCAUUUUUUAGAAGUUGUAGUUGUGCAUCAAUGGAUUUGUUAUAAGCUUCAAACAUACAGUAGUAUGAAUACCAGUGUUGUAUUUUAAACUCUAAGCUAAACUAAGAUUUAUGAUUACAAUGCAAAAUCAUUAAAUGUGCUUUGUUUUUGAUCCAAGCACACGUUGCACAGGGAAGUCAUUGAUCGAAGGGACUGUGUGGUAAAUGUAAAAUGCGUUUGAGUUAUUACAUGUUACUUAAAAGCUGUUUUGUUGGCACCGGGCUUCACAAAGCUUCAUGCAAUAUUUAAAUAAAGCCUGGCUCAUGCAGCCUACAAGGCCUUUAAUCCCAUCAUACCGUUAACUACAGAAUAUGAAAGAUUAUAAAUCACUAUUACAUAAUCCUUCAGCUGUUCAACACUUUCACAUGAUGGGCACACAUGGAAGAAGCCUUACCGUUAAUGCACAUACUCCAGCCUUGUCUUCAUCACUGAAUGUAAGUCUUAAAAAUACAAUUUCUCUGCCAUGUACAGAACAUGCUCAAUGUCAAAGCUCAGCACUACCCGCUAUAAGAGGUAAUGUUCCAAAAAUACUAGAUUCAUAUUUUAGGAGUUGUCAUUUGCAUUAUUUUCCACUUUGAAAGACGGGUUCAUCUUGACACCCACAUGUACUUUUUUUGAAAGAGUUACUGUGGUCGUUCCUCUUGGUAAUUUAAACUACAACAGUCUGUUAGUCUUGAGUUUCCAUGAUGGUGGCUAUUUAAAAAUGAUUUGCUGUAACUCAGACUGUAGGAGCCUAUUUAGAACCAGAUUUGUCCACUUUGAUUGUAAAUUCAUUAUGAAGGGAUCUUCUCAGCCAGUAUGAACAGGAGGAAUGGUGGAUCUAGUGUUUCAAUGCAUAAGAUUACAAAAAUGGUUUAAAAACCAAGAAAAAUGUGAUUGUACUUCAAGAUGCUUA